GAUUACUGCGAUGUGUACCUCACUCACGACUCGAUGAGUGUCCGCAAGGCGCAUAACUCCGGCCGCAACCACCUCCGCAACGUCGUGGACUACUACCAGCAGAUCGGCCAAGAGAAGGCUCAAUCGGUCAUCGACUCCAUCACCUCCUCAUACGCCGCAGAGGGCCAGGCCGUCCCCAAUCCCGCAAUGGUCCCUCCCGGCGCAUUCCCGCCUCCAUUUGGCUUCCCUGGCCGUCCAGGCCAAGGACCUCCUCCACCCUUCGGCAUCCCGCCUCCCGGAGCCCCAGGCGCUCCAGGAAUGCUGCCUCUCCCCGGCGGCCGUGGCAUGCCCUUCCCGCCGCCCUUCCCACCUCACGCCUCCGGCACCCCGCCGCAGGGUGGCUUCCCCCCUCCGGGUGGCUUCCCUCCUCCAGGUGGCUUUCCCCCUCCACCCAUGCCCAACAUGCCCCCUGGUGCAGGCAACCUGCCCCCGCCUCCGAUUGGCGGGUUCCCGAAUUUCCCUAUACCCCCGCCCGGUGCCGCGGGCGCGUUUCCGCCGCCGAUGCCCGGACAGCAUGGAGCGUCGCAUUCGCCUAUCCCCAGUGGACCGCGUGGUCCGGAGGGGUACGCGCCUCCUCCUGGAGGGGGGCCGCCCCCUGGGAUGGGAGAGAAGUGGUGA